UCUAUGUUGAUCAGUAUGUAUGGCUGUCAACGUGAAAAUAAAAUUGUCUUAACUGAUUUCAACAACGCUGAGCUUGACCGUCGUUAAUCAACUAAUCGUGUAUUCAAAAACAGAAUAAUCUUUUAAACAUACUAUAAUUUGUUCCCUGUUACAUUUUCGAAGUCACUUUGAUUUUGUCAUUGUUAUUUCGAAGGAUACAGUGUGUGAACGACUGGUGAUUACACUGAGUUAUUGAAAGCAAUUGUCAAUUUGAACAUAUCAGAAGCACAAGAUUCGGCAUUAUGUGUGCGAAAAUGGCUUUUCAGCACCAAGCUGGUACUGCUAUGAAGUGCUUGAGCAUACCAAUAACAUUACAGAAGGAGAUGGAAGUGAAUGAAAAUGGAGAAAAAGUAAUGAAAUGUGGUUUUAAGAUUGGUGGCGGAAUUGAUCAAGAUUUUAGGAAAAGUCCGCAGGGUUACACAGAUAAUGGCAUAUACGUAACUGAAGUACACGAAGGAUCUCCAGCAGCAAAAAGUGGUCUUAGAAUGCAUGACAAAAUAUUACAAUGCAAUGGGUACGAUUUUACCAUGGUCACUCAUAAAAAAGCAGUAUCUUAUAUCAGGAAGCAUCCAGUAUUAAAUUUAUUAGUAGCUCGCAAGGGUGUGACCAGUACUUAAAUACCAAAUGAAUUAUUUACAUGAUAUAAGAGAAGUAUUUAUUUCACUUAAUACACAUUAACAAAGUCAAUUUAUUUGAGCUACAUGUCUGCCAAAUAUCAGAUUAGUUUGUAGCCAAUAGUAAGAUUAUUUUAAUUAUUGAAAAUUAAAAGAAUUAAAUAUUGGAUAUUUUAUCAUCAUCAGAAAUAAGUGUCUAAUAUUCUAAUUAAAAAUAAGAGAACAAAGUUAAUUCAAUCACAUUAGGUGGUUAUUAAAAUGUUUAAUUUGCAGGCAUAAUAUCCAUCUUUCAUUGCAGUAGAAUUAGAGUAUUAGAACAAUAGAUUGAUAUAUAUGUAUAAAAAUCCUGUUAUGGUUCGUUAUUGUUGUUAAAAAGAAUAAUCUUAUGGAAGUGUUUUCCUUAUAACAUCACAUGACAGUUAGUGCUAUUUAUCAUGUACAAUUAUGCUUGAAGAAAACAUAAUUUACAUGUGCCUGCUUAAAAAUUAUACUGUAUAAUGUUUAUUGUAUAUCAAAAUUUACAAUAAUAUUUCGUGUGCCAAACAGUAAUUGCUAUCACGGAAUCCAUAUGAAUAUUUCUUAACGCCAUGUAUAUAUUUAUACAUAAAACGAGUUUCAUAGGAGAAAGUUCAGUUGAACAAAAAUAUCUCUUGUUUGAUUCAAACAAAAGAAAUAAUAGUAUGGAUAAGAGUCAUAAUAUUUUAAUUCUUUAAGUAUUUCUAUAUUGUAAAAUAUAACAAAAAUGCCAAAGCAUAAUGAAGUUACACUAGUUUAAAUACACAGCAAUACUUUUUACAAAAUUUAUAUGUCAGUAUAUUAUUGUAAGACAAGUACAGAAUAACUUCGAAUUUAAUGCAUUUAAAACGUUGCAUUUAAUAACUAAAACAAUCAUACAAUAAACAUUGUUUUUAAUACUUUCAAUAAGUACCACAUUUACUGUACAAGUUAUUUACGUGAAUGAGUGAGGAUACAUACAGCUUCUGUAUUUGUAAGCAUUUGUAAAACAUUUUCGUUACUUAUUGGAAUAAUACAGAAAGUAAUUGAGAGUGUACACCUUAAGAUUAAUAGAAGAAUUAAAUUUUCUAUUUUGUACAUCUUUUACUUUGACCGAUACUGAAUAUUAUGAAUGCAUUUUCGGGUGCGCUUUUUACACAUAAGAGAAACAACAUUGUAUUUCACGUUUUUUAAAUUGGCUUCAAAUGUACAAUAAGUGAAACAAAAGGAAAAGUUCCUGUGACACGUAUGACUUUCUUUUGUAUCCUGAUAUUUUUAAUAUAAUUACAGUGCAAAUGUCGGAUCGUUUUAUAAGAGAUAAUAUAGUAUGUUAUCACGUUUUUAUAACUAGUCUGCUAAUAUGAAUGUUAAAAAGGAACAAGAAAUCGUAGAAUAUAAAUUA